AAAAGAGAAUCUCCGAAGAAAAAAAUUUAAAAAAAUUUUCGAUGGCGACGUCAAAGCUUCAAGCGCUCUGGAACCACCCGGCGGGACCCAAGACUAUUCAUUUCUGGGCUCCAACUUUCAAGUGGGGUAUAAGCAUAGCUAACAUUGCAGAUUUCCAGAAACCUCCAGAGAACAUUUCAUACCUUCAACAGAUUGCUGUGACAUGUACUGGAAUGAUCUGGUGUCGUUGCAGCACUGUAAUCACUCCUAAAAACUGGAACUUGUUUAGUGUUAAUGUUGCUAUGGCAGCUACCGGGUUAUACCAACUUACUCGUAAAAUAAAGUAUGAUUAUGCAACCGAAGGAGAAGCUGCUGUUGAAAAUGAAUGAUGAUGAUGAAAAAUUAGAAAGUUUUUUUUGAUGAAAAAAUUUAUUGUAACUGGAUAUCUCUUUUUUCAUCAUAUGCCA